GCCUUAAACCUCUCCCACCUAAAAAGCUACCCUGGACCUGGUUAUCCAAAGAAAUACAACAUAGCAUCCGGACCCGGAACCACUGAUGAUAUUGCCAGCAAAAGGCGUUCCCAAUGUCGCCUUAUAGCGACAAUGUCUUCGAGAGUCUCCAACUACUCAGAGAGGCGCACAAAUGGCACCAGCGAUAAUGAUACCAACCCCCGACCCCGCGCAAGUGCUCAUACUUCAAGAGCUUCUCAAUCUCAACACGAUCAACGGUCAACUCGCUCCCCCCAGAGUGCCAAUAUCAAUCCAGCUCAUAAACGCAGCGCAUCAGGAAACCCUCGCCCGGCUAGUAGGACUGCAGAAGAACGAAGGACCGAGCGCACGACAGUGACUACGAAAGAAAAACUCAUCUCGAGGACAAGGAGCCCCGAUAGACGGUCUAGGGAUGCGCCUCCGCCAGAAAAAAGGAAGUCGAAAGAAGCGCCUAAGCCUCGUCACUCUGACACGAAAUCGAGAGAUUCAAGGACUGAUGUGCCGCCUACAUCAUGGGAACCCGUAGCUAAUCUUACGCCGCACACCUCUGCGCCCCUUGCGAUACGUGUAUCCAUACCCCCUUCCGCUUCAGAAGCGCCGGUCUCGCUGCAACCACAGCCUCUGCACGAGUUAUCCUUAGAAGCCCAGGAGGCCGCCAUAAUCGAGGAUUUAUUAUUUGUUUUUAUGGGUUAUGAGGGACAGUAUAUUCGCUAUGCUUAUUCCUACGACCCCAACGAGGAGAGGGACCGACUGGCAGGACCUGAAUUCAAGAUCCUUCCCGGCCUCGAUCCUAGUCUGCAAGACCUCACUCUAUCGAUGCUCAAGAUGGCUACUUACUACUCGGCCCUUGAAACCUUUGUUGACGUACAGAGUAGGGAAGAGUUCGGAGCGGUUAACCAUGCCCUAUGUGCCGCGAUCAGGAAAUCCUUACACGACUAUCUGAUAAUGGUCGCCCAGCUGGAAACGCAGUUCUUGACCAACGAGACCUUCACCUUGCAUCUCCUUAACGUUCAUAUACUUCCCACCAGUCAGAUGAUGUUCCAGCUUUAUUCAUUAGCUCACGAAUUUCUCAAGAGGAACGCGCUUUUGGAUGACGAGAGCUCGGAGGAUUCAGAUCCUGACGACAUUGAAAAUAUUCUAGAAAAUCUAAAGCGGGGUGGUGAUCUUGUACCUGGAAACAUGACCGGAAAGAAAGUCUGCAAGGGAGGCGUGGUUAUAGGUCUGAUCACUAAGAGAUUGGAAACCAUGUCUGGGGACCCUGCUGCUAGAUCGUUAUUGACGUCCUUGUUACGUGAUGCUAGCCGACCAUACAUGGCGAUGCUGAACGAGUGGUUGCACCAUGGCGAGAUCAAAGAUCCGCAUUCCGAAUUUCUUAUCAAGGAGCAAAAAAGUAUUAGGCGCGACAGGCUGGAACAAGACUACACUGACGACUACUGGGAAAGGCGAUAUACCGUUCGAGAGCACGACAUACCUCCACAGUUGGUAGCUGUCAAGGAAAAGGUCCUGUUGGCAGGGAAGUAUCUCAACGUCGUGCGGGAAUGUGGUGGAGUUGACGUUAGUAAAGUCGCCCAAGACGUUCCUAAGUCCUUCGAUGACCCGCACUUCCUCGACAACGUCAAUAAUGCAUAUGCUCACGCGAAUGAAUCGCUCAUGAAGUUGCUCCUAACUACUCAUGCCCUUCCCGCCAGGCUGCAGUCGCUGAAGCAUUACUUUUUCCUGGACCCAUCCGAUUAUUUUACCUAUUUUAUGGAACUCAGCGCAUCCGAAUUGCGAAAGCCGGUAAAGUCUGUCAAUAUUAUCAAGCUACAAUCCCUACUUGAUCUUGUCCUACGGCAGCCAGGAAGUAUUGUGUCGAUGGAUCCAUUUAAAGAAGAUGUACAUGUCGAGAUGAACGAGGUCGGCCUUAUAAAGAUGUUACAACGCGUCGUAAAUAUCACAGGUAUUGAACAAGGAGAGGCACUACAGCCUUCAAGCAGCCAACCUAUCGAAAACGAUAAGAAUGCUGUCGGCUUCACAUCGCUACAGCUCGACUACACGGUACCGUUUCCCGUGUCGUUGGUCAUUAGCCGGAAGACAGUCUGGCGUUACCAAGCGCUAUUCCGUUAUCUUUUGUCGCUAAGAUACCUGGAGUCACAGUUGGCUACUACAUGGCAAACGCACAAUACAGGGGUUGUUUGGUGCCACAAGUCGUCCAUAAGACGGAUCGAGAUCUGGAAGAGGCGAGUGUGGACUUUGAGGGCGCGAAUGGUGGUUUUUGUCCAACAGUUGCUCUACUUUUGCACUCUGGAGGUCAUUGAGCCCAAUUGGCAGUCUCUGAUGUCGAGACUCAAAGCUAAGGAUGGGAGUAUAGAUGGGUCGGGCAAGCCGGACCGGACUGUGGAUGAAUUAAUGCAGGACCAUGUGGAUUUCUUGGACACUUGCCUGAAAGGUUGCAUGCUAACCAACGGCAAGCUAAUUCGAAUCCAUUCGAAACUAAUGCAGACCUGCACCGUAUUCGCCGCUCAUAUGAAUUGGCUGUCGCGCGAGCUUGAAAAGUCAGACCCAGAUUUGAUCGGCCCUAUAAAACCGCCAAAUAUGACCGACAAGGAGUGGAAACGAUUCCAGGCUAUAAAGUCCCAGAAGUCGCAUGGCGAUAGCGGGUCGACCAGCCAGCUCCAAGAUGAAGAGACUCGGGUGAACAACCUAUUUGAGAUUAUCAGAAACUGGGAGAAAAACUUCAGCCGGCACCUGCAAAUCCUCCUAGAUGCUCUAAACCAUUACGCAGCCACCGAGACCGUGGUUCUAUUGAGCUUGUGUGCGAGACUAGCAACAGCUAACCAAGGAACCGACUUCUCAGGUCCACGUAACGAGGAGGACGUCGCUGCGUAAGGUGUCUCGUGUGUCUUGUGUCAUUUUAUGGAGCUUCUUCUGACACGAUGCAUCAGCCCGGGGCCCAGGAUAUAUUUCACGGAUUGAAAACUUAUGACAGGCGUUUAGGCGACGAGAAAAUAGUUGGCGUAAGGCAUAGCUGUGGGCUACGCAGUGUGAGAGAUAAAGAUACCUUGGAAUUAUGAAUUAAUCGGUACUCCAAAUAUACAUGAACACCCCCCCUAUCCCUUCUUUGGCUAGGACUUAGGAACUAGCUCUUUGGCCAAGUAUAGGGAAAAUGACUUUUUAUGAAGCUUCCCUUACUAUCCCUACCUACCUAUUUAUUCAUGCGCGUUUACUAUCAUAAUAUACUAUCAUAAUAUUUGUUAACGUGCUGUUGCCAUGCGAGAUCCUA